AGGGCGUAGGGGAGAUAGAAUUCGUGCUUGGACCGGCACCCUAUCCAAGGGUAAUAACAAUAACUUUUAGUCGCUUAAUACUCCAGAAACCGGAGUUCGCCAAUGAAGUCAACGCUUUUUUUUCCAGGGGUUAAUAAUGGAGACAAAUCAGGUAAAACUCCUCUUCACACCGCCAUCCUCUCAAAACAGCUCAGAAUUGUCGACAGACUUCUGGAGUGUGGCGCUGACGUCACCAUAAAGGAUGACGCGGGUGACACUGCACUCCACACUGCUAUUCGUGUUGGAAGCGAGAAACUGGUGCUGACCCUACUCCAGCAUGGGCAUUCAGACGCGAACGCGGUUGGUCGUAACUCGUACACGCCCCUACACCUUGCGGCUGAAAUGGAUAACGAGGAAAUUUGUCAAAUACUGAUCGAAAAUCGAGGAGAUCUAAAAAGUGUAGACGAUGAUCACAUGACACCGCUGGCUCACGCUAUGGAGAGAGGCGCAAGGAAGUCAGCGGAAUUCCUAUUAAAACAAGCCGAAAGGCAAGGAACAGUUGAGGACUUCCUAUAUGACGUGGAUGUUGAUGGCAGCAGUCUUCUUCACCUGGCUGUGAACAGUGGUGUACUUGGGGUGAGCAUGCGACAUGUCUUAUGGCCGAGUUAAAUUUCAAUGUGAUGUUUUUUGUUGAUCAUUCCCCAGAAACUUGACAGGCAAACAGCAUUCCACAUGGCGUGUGAACAGGGUGCUAUGCUGAUAGUUCAAUAUUUGGUCGGUAAAGACCCAGCGGUCUGUAGGAUAACUCUUGUUGACUGCAAAGGCAAGACACCGCUCCAUAUGGCAGCUAGACGAAAUCACGCACACGUGGUUAGCUUUCUCCUUGAAAAGGAGGCAUUUGUGGACCCAAAAUCUGACGAGAGACGAACUCCUUUAUUCAUGGCUGCCGAGAAUGGCGCUGUUGAUGUGUUGAAACUGCUAAUGGAACGCGGUGCUGACGUCACAAUCCGGGACAUUGAACUCCGGUCUGUGUUACACGCAGCCGUGGGCCAUCCCAGUGCAAUGGAGGUACUUCUACAGAGUCCAGCAGUUAUGUCUCUCAUUACUGAGAAAGAUGUAAGAGGUUUCUCCGCUGUCCACUAUGCAGCAAAGAAAGGAGACAUCAAGGUACGGAGAAAUGCCUGGCUUUCCUUAACAAGGCGAUUGAUAAAACUCUUGUUUCUCCUUUCAGCAUCAAGAAAUGUUAAAAACAGAUUUGUGACGAGAGUGAAGAAAUUCAAAACCUAAGGAAUAUUUUCUUGUAUAUCAUGCCAUAGAAAAUACAGCCAAUCAAAUUAUAGGAAAUAAAGCCGUUGUACAUUUGACAAUAUUACAACCAACCUUCCCAUCUUGCGCCGCGC